AUGAGACAUGGAGCCUUUGAUAAUAUCCUGGGAGAACACCCUCAUGGUCAUUUGUAUGAACAUAAACACAUGAUCACAGAUAAGCAGAUCAACAUGAACGGGGUCUUCCUUUACAUGAUGCUCCAUCACCUAGUUAUUCUCACUCAGAAACGGGAAAUGAAGAUCCCAAUCUUCAUUCUCAACACUGUGAAUAAAACAUGUGUACAGACACUGGAGGGACAUGCCCAAAAUGUGUCUUGUGCCAGUUUUCAUCCUGAGUUGCCAAUCAUCAUCACAGGUUCAGAAGAUGGAACCGUGCGUAUAUGGCAUUCAAGCACAUACCGCCUUGAGAGCACGUUGAAUUAUGGAAUGGAGAGGGUGUGGUGUGUGGCCAGUCUGAGAGGGUCCAACAAUGUCGCUUUGGGCUAUGAUGAAGGGAGUAUCAUUGUUAAGCUUGGUCGGGAGGAACCUGCCAUGUCCAUGGAUGCCAAUGGAAAGAUAAUUUGGGCCAAGCAUUCAGAAGUCCAGCAGGCCAAUCUAAAAGCAAUGGGAGAUGCUGAAAUUAAAGAUGGAGAAAGAUUGCCACUGGCAGUAAAGGAUAUGGGCAGUUGUGAAAUAUACCCUCAGACUAUUCAGCACAAUCCUAACGGGCGGUUUGUUGUGGUGUGUGGUGAUGGCGAGUAUAUCAUCUACACAGCAAUGGCACUGAGAAACAAGAGCUUUGGGUCUUAUAUAAUAUACUGUGUGCCUUCUGUUUUUCCCCCCAGAUAUGCAAUAAGAGAAAGCAACAGUGUGGUCAAGAUAUUUAAGAACUUUAAGGAAAAAAAAUCAUUUAAACCAGAUUUUGGAGCUGAAAGUAUCUAUGGAGGCUUCUUAUUGGGAGUCAGGUCUGUAAAUGGCUUAGCUUUCUAUGACUGGGACAAUACAGAACUCAUCCGCAGAAUUGAAAUUCAGCCCAAACACAUCUUCUGGUCUGACUCUGGAGAGCUAGUCUGUAUUGCCACUGAGGAGUCAUUUUUUAUCCUUAAGUAUCUGUCGGAAAAAGUCUUGGCUGCCCAGGAAACGCAUGAGGGAGUAACUGAAGAUGGCAUUGAAGAUGCCUUUGAGGUUCUUGGUGAGAUUCAGGAAAUUGUGAAAACAGGGCUGUGGGUAGGCGACUGCUUCAUUUACACAAGUUCUGUGAACAGAUUAAAUUAUUAUGUCGGAGGAGAAAUAGUCACCAUUGCCCACUUGGACAGGACAAUGUAUCUCCUGGGCUAUAUUCCUAAAGACAACAGGCUUUACCUGGGGGAUAAAGAACUGAACAUCGUCAGCUACUCCCUGCUGGUUUCAGUGUUGGAAUACCAGACGGCUGUCAUGCGGAGGGACUUUAGCAUGGCUGAUAAGGUCCUUCCUACCAUUCCGAAAGAACAGAGGACCAGAGUUGCACACUUUUUGGAAAAGCAAGGCUUCAAGCAGCAAGCUCUUACAGUAUCUACAGAUCCUGAGCAUCGCUUUGAACUUGCUCUUCAGCUUGGAGAACUAAAAAUUGCAUACCAAUUAGCAAUGGAAGCAGAGUCAGAGCAGAAGUGGAAACAACUUGCUGAACUUGCCAUUAGUAAAUGUCAAUUUGGCCUAGCCCAGGAGUGCCUGCACCACGCACAGGAUUAUGGGGGUCUGUUGCUUUUGGCCACUGCCUCUGGAAAUGCUAGUAUGGUGAACAAGCUAGCAGAGGGUGCGGAGAGAGAUGGCAAGAAUAAUGUGGCAUUCAUGAGCUACUUCUUACAGGGCAAGCUUGAUGCUUGCCUGGAGCUCUUGAUUAGAACUGGACGGCUUCCAGAAGCUGCCUUCCUGGCCCGGACUUACUUACCCAGUCAGGUUUCAAGGGUGGUGAAACUCUGGCGAGAAAAUCUCUCAAAAGUCAAUCAGAAAGCAGCAGAAUCCCUUGCUGAUCCAACGGAGUAUGAAAACCUUUUCCCUGGACUAAAGGAAGCCUUUGUUGUGGAAGAAUGGGUGAACAACACACAGGCUGAUCUGUGGCCAGCCAGACAAUACCCCCUUGUCACGCCAAAUGAAGAAAGAAAUGUUAUGGAAGAGGCAAAAGGCUUUCAGCCCUCAAGAUCUGCAACUCAGCAGGAACUUGAUGAGAAACCUGAUUCUCCUACUCCGGUUAUCAUGGCCUCCCACACAGCCAACAAAGAAGAAAAGAGCUUACUCGAACUAGAAGUAGAUUUGGAUAAUUUGGAAUUAGAAGAUAUUGACACAACAGAUAUCAACCUGGAUGAAGAUAUUUUGGAUGACUGAAUGUAAUGUUUCGCAUUUAUCCGACUAAACAGAUCAUUAUGGACAGGUAUUGAUCGUCACCCUGACCACAGUGCUUUGGACUCAGAAACUCCUUAGAUUUUUUUAUAUGUAAAUGCUGUGGCCUACUGGGAACGCAGUACCCUCCUCAUCUUAGGAGGAGUUUAUGAGCAGCAUCUAAAUCACUGUUUCCUUGUUAACUAAAACACAUGGGCUUUGAUUUUUUUUUUCCAUACUGUCAUUGGACCAUAUGUCAUAAAAUCUUUUGAAUUAA